CAUAGAAGCUGUUGUCAUCGUAAUUUGUGAAAGUAAGGGUACCGGUAUUAGAAGAGGAAUGGCAGAAGCUGCCAAAGCAAGCCAUAGUGACCACAGAAAAAGAUUCAAAAAUGGCUUUCGGUAGUAUCUUUCAUGCCCAGAGCCUGUCACCAGCGAUUUGUCGCUCAACGGUGAGAAGAAUAGCUCCUUUGUCACGAAACUUCAGCGUGAACAAGAAGUUAUCGACGGAAGAACGAAACGAAGCUGUGCGCCAUGCAAACAAAGCAAUGAAAGGCUAUACGCAAACUCGAAUCCUAGCGAAGCAAGGAAAACUUCCUUCAAAGAAUCGACCUCAAUCACAGGAAUACCAGAGUGCAAAUGCAAUUCAAUUCAGCCUGUUCAUUAGCCUCGGGAUAGCCUUCAUCAUAUCACCAAUAUUGGGUAGGAAAAUUGCUCAAGAUGACGAAUUCCGCGAAAAGUAUGUUCCGGACUGGUACGAUUUUAGGGUGAAGCCUCCAAAAUCAGCCUGGACAAGAAAGGAACUCCACGAUCAGAUUGUCGAUGUUGAAAGAGAUAUGAGAGAAAGGGCCAUUAAAGGGGAUUUCACUCCAGAAAAAUUGGAAGCAUUGAAACAAACGCUACAACCCCGUAGUGAUUUAUCAACCGAAGAUAUCGCUAUGGCUAAAAAAUAUGGGUGGGGUGCUAUUCAUCCCGGAGUUGAUCCGGAUGAUUAUGACGAAGAUGACGACGAUUAUGAGGAAUGAAUCUCCUUUGGCGUGUCCUUCGUAGGUACAACACAACCUUGCAUUACAUGCACCAAUCAUAUCUCAGGCUCUCAUGUAAAUGAAUGAAACAAUUCAACGUUGAAUGCCUGAAUUUGAUAGGAUGCAAUGGUUUAGAUCUUUUGCAUCUCGUGUCCCUUCGUUCGAUGCAAGAAUAUUCAGUGGAGUUGGUUUCGGAAUAUUUGUUCGAUUCCCCUAGCUAAACUCGAUCUAUCAUUCAAGUUGCAAAGAUUUCUGAAUUGAGGAAGAAUCUAAUGAUAAUCGACAUUUGUGACUCAAAAGCAGCUAUAUACAGAACAGGUGAGGUGAGAAAUAUUACAUCACCACAAACCGAAAAGCAUCUACUUUCUUAUGCGUCGAUGCUUCUCGCUCGUGUGAGUUUUUCCCUCACACGCCUUUUUCUUUCCGUAUCGGGAAAAACAAUCGAAUGGUUUCGAAUAUUGAUAAAAAGAAUAAUAUUUGCAAUUUAGC